UCACCACAGGUGUAUAUGGGAAAUGAAAUGCAAACGUGGUUUACAGAACGAUGGUGACGGGGUUCAACGUUUUUUGCCGAGCUAUUUAUGACCCGCCGCCUCACACAACAGAUGCAGACGGGACAGCAUGGAAACGCUUCUUUUCUUAUUUCCUCAAUUUAACUUCAUGGCCCAGAAGGAGGAAGCAUAUUUCAAAAGGCUUGAUCCACAACACGGGCAAGAACCAACCAUGAAGGCCGAUAGCAGCAGACAGCAAGACAAGGAGAGGACGAGCCGACCAAGUCUCACCAGGUCCGGCUCCCAUGACAAUGUCAGUCACCAGACCAAGACAACAUCCAGCAACAUCUCAGCAGAGACGGCUCUGCAAUGGAGCAACUCAUUUGAAGAAUUGAUGAAGAAUGCAGAUGGGGUGGCAACUUUCUCUCAGUUCCUCCGCACGGAGUUCAGCGAGGAAAACAUAGAGUUCUGGCUGGCGUGUGAAGAAUUCAAGACCUAUGACUCCGAGAAAAAACUGCUGUCCAAGGCCAAACAUAUUUAUACAGUUUUUAUUGAGUCGGAUGCGCCUAAAGAGGUCAAUAUUGACUACAGCACCAAGAUAGCCAUCCAGACCAAUUUAUCACACCCCACAAGGAGCUGUUUCGAAGCGGCCCAGGUGAAAGUCUACAGCCUGAUGAAAAAAGACUCCUAUCCCCGAUUCUUGCACUCCGACCUUUAUUUACGUCUGACCAGGAGGAGAGGGCCAGGAGUCACAAUGUUCCGCAGAAGGUCACGCUCCUGUAUUUUCAACGAGCGAGGCGGUGGAACCGCCGAGCCUUCGCCCUGGUAGCAAUAACAUUUCAGACAUAGCCGCUCACUCGUAAAAGCGAUUAUGACAUCGGCGAUAACCAGUGACGAGCUGUAGAAUUUUAAUUGCGUAAUUUGUGUUUGAGAUUGUAAUCAUCCAACGUGUCUGCGAAAUGAAUCAUUUCCCUCUACAA